GGUUCUGCGUCCGCUUCUCCCAGGAGCCGGCCGACCAGUCGGUGGUGCUGGGGGAGCGCGUGGUGCUGUCCUGCGUGGUCUUCAACUACACCGGCAUCGUGCAGUGGACCAAGGACGGCCUGGCCCUGGGCGUGGGCGAGGGCCUCCGAGCCUGGCCCCGGUACCGGGUGCUGCGGGUGAUCGACGUCGGGCAGUACAACCUGGAGAUCUCCCACUCGGAGCUGUCGGACGACUCGCUGUACGAGUGCCAGGCCACGGAGGCUGCGUUGCGCUCCCGCCGGGCCAAGCUCAACGUGCUCAUCCCCCCCGAGGACCCCGUGGUGGAGGGCUCCCCAGAGCUGCUCCUGAUGGCGGGGACUCAGCACAACCUGACCUGCGUGACCCGGGGGGCCAAGCCCGCCGCCCACAUCCAGUGGACCCGGGACGGGGUGGUGCUGGAGGGCCCGCCGCAGUCCACCGAAGUGCUGGCCGACAGGAAGAGGGUGACCACGCGGAGCUACCUGCCCAUCUCGCCGGUGGACACCGACACGGGACGCAACUUCACCUGCGUGGCCACCAACCCGGCCGUGCCUCUGGGGAAGAGGGCCACCGUGAGGCUCAACGUCCACCACCCGCCCACGGUGACCCUGUCGAUCGAGCCUCGCUCCGUGAUGGAAGGGGAGAGGGUGACGUUCACCUGCGCCGCCACUGCCAACCCGCCCAUCAUGGGCUUCAGGUGGGCUAAGGGCGGGGUCCUUCUGGAGGGGGCCAGGGAGAGUGUGCUCAUGACCACGGCGGACCACUCCUUCUUCACCGAGCCCGUCUCCUGCCAGGUGUUCAACGCCGUGGGCAGCACCAACGUCAGCAUCCUGGUGGACGUGCACUUUGGUCCCAUCCUGGUGGUGGAGCCCAGGCCUGUCACGGUGGACGUGGACUCUGACGUGACUCUGAACUGCAAGUGGUCUGGAAACCCUCCUCUCACGCUCACAUGGACCAAGAAGGGCUCCAGCAUGGUUCUGAGCAACAACAACCAGCUGUACCUGAAGUCCGUGAGUCAGGCGGACGCGGGGCCGUACGUCUGCAAGGCCAUCGUGCCUCGCAUCGGCGUGGGGGAGACUGAGGUCACGCUCACCGUCAACGGCCCACCCAUCAUCUCCAGCGAUACGGUCCAGUAUGCCGUCCGGGGGGAGAGGGGGGAGAUCAAGUGCUACAUCGCCAGCACGCCUCCCCCGGACAAGAUAGUGUGGGCCUGGAAGGAGAACGUGUGGGAGAAGGAGAAGGGCACCCUAAUGGAGCGCUACACGGUGGAGCAGAGCAAGCCGCCGUCGCAGGGCGGCGCCGUCCUCUCCACGCUGACCAUCAACAACGUGAUGGAGUCCGACUUCCACUCGCCCUACAACUGCACCGCCUGGAACUCCUUCGGGCCCGGCACCAUGAUCAUCACCCUGGAGGAGAAGGAUAUGGUGCCGGUGGGUAUCAUAGCCGGAGGAACCGUGGGCUCCUCCAUCCUCCUGAUCAUGAUCCUCGUGGCCCUCGCCUUCUUCCUCUAUCGCCAACGCAAAGGCAGUCGCCGCGGGGUCACCUUAGGUAAGCCCGACAUCAAGGUGGAGACGGUUAACAAGGAGACCCACAGCCUGGAGGAGGAGGCUGACAACGUCUCCACGGCAACGCGCAUGGUCAAGGCCAUGUACUCGUUUCUGCCCUCUGUCUCCCUCUCUCCCUCCAACCAGCCGUUCAAAGACGACAUGGACCUCAAACAGGAAGUGAGGAGCGACUCGCUCGACACCCGGGAGGAGUACGAGCUCAAGGACCCGACCAACGGCUACUACAACGUCCGCGCCACCACCCACGACGAGUCGCGGCCCCCGUCCCACGCCGUCCACUUCCAGGGGGAGUUCCGCUCCCCGAACCCCGCCGCCGGAGGAGGAGGAGGAGGAGGAGGAGGAGGCCCUGGUUCGGUCGGGGGUGCCACGUCCUCCGUCGGACCUCCGGGCGGGGGCCCCGGGGGCCCCGUCAACCCCGGGGGCGCGCCCGGUUCCCGGGCCGGCUGCUACGACCCACGGCCCCCCUCCAGGAUGUCCCACGCGGGCUACGCCCAGUUCAGCACCUACUCCCGGGGGGUGCCGGCGCAGAGUCAGCAGCAGGGACCCCCGCCGAACCCGCCGCUCCAGUCUCCGGGGGAGUACCCCGGGGACUGCGGCCUGCUGGACGGCUCGGGCCAGAUGCCUUACGACGCCUACGGCGGGUACCCCUCCCAGUACCCCAGUUACCGCAUGGGCUUUGUCCCGCCCAUCGAGGAAGGCCCGGCGUAUGAGAUGUACCCGACAGGACAGGGGGUGGGGCAGCAACCGGGACACGGGCCGGGACCGGGACACGGGCCGGGACACGGACCAGGGCACGGGCCAGGGCACGGGCCAGGCCACGGGCCGGGACACGGACCAGGGCACGGACCAGGGCACGGGCCAGGGCACGGGCCGGGACCGGGACACGGACCGGGACCGGGACACGGGCCAGGCCACGGGCCAGGCCACGGGCCAGGCCACGGACCAGGCCACGGGCCAGGGCACGGGCACGGGCCAGGACCGGAACAGGGGCCAGGGCAGAGUCCGGAAGCGGGGCUGAGCAAGUACGGCGGCUCCUCUCGUUUCUCCUACUCCUCUCCGCCUUCUGAUUAUUCCAGACACACGCAGAGGAUGCAGACUCACGUGUGAAAGGGAGAAUGAAAGGAGAAGGAAAUGCCACACGCAUUACACAAAAGACACACAACUGGACUUUAUUUGCUUGGCCGCUAAUCCGGUCAGACCUCUCGGUAAAGGUCCUUCUUUCCACUCGCUCCCUUGCAUUUCAAAUCCACACUACACAACCACAGUGGCGCCCCGAAGCACAGAUUAAACAUCAAACAGCAUUCAUUAUCAACACAUCCCCCCAUGUCGUCCACAGCAGUACAUUAAUUUACUCCCCGCGAAAAAAAACCUUGUCAGUGACUCUUAGAAGAUCUUUAUUGACUGCGAUGCUCCACACUAACAUCAGAGAAAGCAAAAGCCACUAUCAGAAUUCCAGAGCCAAAUGAAAGAGUGGACAACAUCGGGGCACAUUGUCAUAGAGCAGAGGAAGGAGAGGACGAGGUGGUCAAGGUGCUCUCUCACACAUAUUUUUGGCCCUGGCUCCUUGUCUUUCCACCACCUGUGCUUCUUGGGUUACAUUUGUAAAAAAUGCAAAAUUACCGAUACCGAUCUUUUCAAAGUCCCUACCAAUCCCUUGUAUAAACCUAAACAGAAUUCAGUAAAAUGCAGUACAUUUUAUUAUUAUUUUUCAAUUAUUGACUCUGGACACUUUUGCAAAAACACACACACUCACACCUACACACAAGUUGUUCAAGUACCGUGUGUUUCUAUGGUGUAUUUUUGUGAAAAGGCAGCUUGGACUUGCGUAUAUCGGGCACUUUGAAAACUCUUUCCGCCAUUUGAAGAUAUUUGGCCAGCGGCUUGGCAUACAAGAUCUACCUUUAUCGAGUGAUCAAAUGUGGCUUCCUUUCAACUACAUUUAAAAAGUGCCAAUGAUGAUGUGUUGAAAAAAAAACCACUGGCACCUCUUUUUUUGUAAAAGGCAAAGGGACGAUGGUCACGGGGCAAUAAGAGGGGACAUUUUGUACAAUCCGCAUACAUUUUUCUGAGAAGAAAAGACAGGUGACUCGCCUGAGAUUGCAACAGUGCUCGUCUUUGUUUUAAUACAGUGCGUCUCCCACCUUUCGACUGAGAUAGUUGCUGUACUAAUUGUGUAUUGGGAGGACAUUCAUGCUAAGUCCUUAGCAUUCCACUCAAUUGUGACGAAGGUAUGAUUCUUUAUCCAAUCUUCCCUCAAAAGUAUUUGUUUGCUUCUCACUUGCACAGUAUUGUUUUGUGUGUGUUUUUCUUCGUGUAUAGAUAUACUGAAACAUCAGAAACCGUAAGGCAUUCAGAAAUAUUUUUUAGUAUUUUUAUAUGGAGUUGAGGACCAAAGGUUCAGAAUUUUGGAGGUGGGGGAGGGAGGGUGUACUUUUUCAUGUUUCUGCGGGGAGUCUAUAAUUGUUGUAAAUGUUUUGAAAAUAUUACACAUUUUGACGAGUUUUAACUAAAAAAUACUAUGAAUCCAUUUGGGAUUAAAACAAUUCAAACGUUGCGAUCAAUCAUUCAUUAUUCCUCUUCAUAACAUUUGCGUAUUCAAUUUUUUUUAUACUUUGAACAAAAGUGUAAUCAUUUUGUCACUUCAUUAAAAUCAAUAAAGUCAUCCAAAUAUUUUCUUGAAUAAAUAUUUGACAAGACUUAGAAUAAAAUAAAUGUUAAUUGUUGCCAUUUGUAAGAUCACGUACGUAUGCAACAAAGUAUCAAAUCAAAGAUUCUAUAUUCAACUCGUGAAGGUUAUUUCAGAGCUGCGUUUGGGUUCUACAUGCUAAAACAUGCUAGCUUCCAUAAAAAUCACCAAAAAGUAUGUAUUAUUCUGUGGCGCUUAUUGACCCAAACUAUUGAAUCAGUACUAAGCUCUACUAAUAUUAUAUUACUCUACUACUAAUACUGAUUUAUAGAGCUCAAAAGCUUAUUGAAAAAAUGAAAUUGCAAAACAUAACCUAACCAAUUACCCCCCCCACCCCCCCUUGCCCAAUGUCACUGACUACAACACCCACAAUUCAAAUCUACUCUAGCUCGGUGUCAGAAAAAGUUGGAUUGUGUAACAACCCUUCCCUUUGUCAAAUAUGGUGUGUGUGUUUGUGUGUAUAACAUAUUAUUUGUUUUCAUAUGUACCGUACUAAUGCUCUACCUGAUUUUCAAAAACAGAAAUUGUACCACUUUUCAAAACACAGUAAUAUGUGAAUUCCCGGGUACAUUAAUUUUCCUACCUGUGUAUAAAUAGCGGCUCAUGUCUCAUGUUUUGUUGAUAAGAGUGUUGAUAUGACUCAUAAUAAUUAUCAUCUUAGAUUUACCAUAAAACAAUGAAUCAUUGUUUUUGGUAGAGGGUCCUCUUCCACAAACAGGAUUAGUGGAUCCUGGCCUCUACAUAAUGGUAAAGGAAAUUAAUAAAAAUAGUCACAUGACUCAAGAAAAGUGUAGGACAGGAAGUGAACAAUGGCAGUAUUCAUCUUUUAACCAACAUCAAGGAUAACAUUACUCUAAAUACCAUUGCAGAGUGACCUUCGUUUAUAUUAAAAAUGUGAGGCUGCAGCAAACACAACUUUAGACAAACUGAUGGUUCGAUUUCCAGAAAAAUCUUUCAGCAUUUCUAAAGAAAGAUUUCGAUAACCUGUUUUCGACUGAAAGUGGUGCUGUCCCAGCUGUUUGAUUUCAGCGCUUGGAUACACUUUAAUGUGAGCAGACUAUGCAGAGACAGUGAGGGCCAUCUCGUACAGCCUUAAGGGCUGAUUAUGGUUCCACAUUUACGCAGCGCAAGGGGGUCUACGUCCUUGCGGACCCUCCUUGCGUCCACCACAAGAGCCGGACGUGCGCCUCCCAAAAACUGUAACCUUCCAUCGAGGCAAAGCAGCAGCAAGGGCUGUGAUUUUCCCGCUCACUAAAAACCCGACGCAGACCCAAAACAGGUUCACGACUGCGUCGAAGCGUCUGCGUGGUCAUUGUGUUGCGUGACGUGGGGCCAUAAUCAGCCCUUUACUCCUCAGGGCUGGCAGUGAUUUGUUCAUGAAACCCAAGAGCCGCGGGCCUUGUAAAUUGUUCCAUCUGCUUUCAAAGAGUCAAUGAGAUUUUGUAGUCUCUCUGAUGCUAUUUCGCCAUUACAAAGCAUUUUGAUCCCAUUAAGCCAAAAUAGUUUUUAGUGCCAUAUUUUUAAUACAUAAUUUUACUCGCAGUCUACCCCAACGACUCUUUCAUUACGUUAAUCUCUUUUAUCGACAGAAAUAUCGGGUGAAACUUUGCAAUUCCAAUAGCAGUGGAGGAAUGUCUUUGUUGUGAUUUUUUUGGUGUUGCUUAGCUGGGAGUGUCAGCAGAUGGAGAUGAACACCCUUCAUCUUCCACUUUAUAUGUUGAGCACAGCUGUGGUUGCUGCAUACCAUUAACUUGUUACAACCUCUUUACGGUGUUGUCCCUGCAGACCUGUGUGGCAGACUUGCAUGCAAAGUGACCUUGUGCGGUGUGCUGAGUGACUUUAAUAAAAUAAAAGACUUGGAGGCCAACGGGAAAAAUCGCUUCGGCCAUCUUGACACUUGCCGGCUAAAGGCUACAGCUUGGCAGUGCUGCUACUUCAACUGAGAGAACAAUCUUUGCUCUUUUCCGUGAGUUAUGACUCACACAUUCACAAUCGAAAGAGACACAUGAGAUAUAGUACAGUAUUGCGACCAUCAUGAAAGAUCUAUUCAUAUUUCUUUUUUUUUUCUAAAUGGCUGGAAAUGGCCGGAAAAAACUUUGAAAACCUCAAUUUUCAGCCAUGGAAAUAUGAAUUAAUUCUUGUUCAUUUUUUGUUAGGCAUCGUUUGUGUAAUAAUCACUGCUUUUUUUGUACUAGAAUGUAGGAAAUGUUAAUCUAAAGAAUCGGAAACUAACAUUACAUCAUAAACCCCCGCCCCCAAUGUAACAAAUACAGUUGGUUAAAUCUGCGGACUCCUAUCUUGACCUUGUAUAUAUAUAUGUGUGUAUGUUGGGAUGUAUGUAAGGGAGGGGAUAUUACAGAAUAUCACAGCGUAAUGAGCUCAAUGUGAUUUUGUUCUCAAUCGUCCAUUUUCAUCGUCAUUGAUGUCUUCCUUUCUUUAAAAAUCUGUUUUUAAAUGGUUUUAUUUUGAUUUCAGAAAUGUCUUAUUUUUUUAUGUUUUUCUUCGUCACACUGUUCCGUUGCCUCUGGAGGAAUUGUCUGGUGUCAAAGUGUCUGAGUGAGUUUCUUUAGACAGUAUUCUGCUUUACAUUCUACUGUCGGGUUGCAGGUUGCAAGGAAUGGAGGGAGUGGGUGUGGUACAUAAUCUUGUAAUGUGUGUAUGCACCAGCUAUUGAUGGAGAAGACAACCUGCUAGCCCUUGCCCCUCCUCCCCUCUUCAUUUCACUUUCCUUUUCAAAAAAAGAUGAGGGUAAAAGAGGGAGCGAGACAGUGAGGGUAAAUGUAAGGACAUGCGUCACUUGGCCUUCAGGACAAAUGAAAAAAUGAGGACGAUAGUCUGCAGUGUGAAGACUUCCAUGUCACUGUAUGCACUUGAAACUGUUUGAAUGGACCUGUGUUAGUUAGUGUGUGCGUGAGACUUUGUUUGAGUUGUUUUUUUGGGUUUGCGUGGCCAAAUGUAUGUGGGCAUAUAUCCUCCAAAUUGUUAUCACCAUAUUGUUAUUUUAUACGUUAUUGUCCUAAUCAAAUUCAGUAUUAGGUUUCUGGCUUUCAAGUUCUCUGCAGGUGUUCUUCUUGAGGACACAUGUACAAAAAUACGUGUGUGAUAUUGAAAGUCACUUUUUAAGCCAUCCUAUUGUCAUGUUUUUUUUUUUAUUAUGGUGUCCUUUUUUCUUUUUUUGAUUGUACGUAAUUCUUUUCCCACAACUAUACUGAGAAUAAAAGAGGUCACAGCUUUCAUAAGUA